AUGGCCGAACACAUUGAACUAGACGAGGCACAGCCCUCUACGGAAUUCCUGCGCUUGCGCUGGCAAAUCACCGACGGCCCAGCCUCUGCCUGCGUCAAGGUGCUCGAGGACCCCGAAGACGCCUCCUCUGCACAGCAGCCCUUCCAAGCCGCGGACGGCACAUUCCACGCCAUCGCCGGCGCACCGUGUAGCAACCCGCCUUCUGCGCAUCUCAAGCUUCAGAUCGAAGAGGCGACGUACCUCGGCGUCGAGGGCGACGUGAGCGAGGCCGCUGCCCCUAGCCUCGACAUGGCCGCCGCCGCGGGGGAAGACUUCAUCACGAUCCGCCAGUACGUGGAAAAGGCGCAUCCGUGGUUCCUGUCGCAGAGGCAGAAGCAUUUUGAGGGGUACGGGUACUCGGAGAAUGGCGGGCAGGCGCUCCCGGCCGAUACGGAGCUGUGGUUCGAUCCGUCGUCGCCGAAUGUCAUUCACUUUUUCGACUCGGUCGAGUCGGAGCCGCCGUUUACGUUUGAGUGGAGUCUGGUCGCGGACAUGGCUUCGGGGAUCAUUCACGGCCACGAGGAUGAGGAGGAGGACUAUGGAGAUGAGGAGGAGGGUGAGAUUGACCCGAUUGAGGAGAUGAAGUGA